AAAUUGAAGAAAUUAUAUGCCAUUCAACAUUUUGAAAAUUGGAAAGAAAAAUAUCUAUUUUUUAUAGAUUAACAAUUAUCAACCCAGAAAUGUUUUUAAGAGAUCUUUAAGAUAAAAAUCAGUGCUAUUAUAAGGCUAUCUGAAAAUGAGGAAAAUACUUUUGAUCUCAGUUCUGGCAUUCAUUAUUUUGGCUUUCGACAUCGAGACCGUCAUGGGCGAAUGUAAGUCAAGGGUAUAUACUGGUUCGUGUCUCGUAUGGAACAAUAACUCCUGUCGUAGCACAUGCAUAAAUUCAGGCGCAUCAAGUGGUUUCUGCUCUCAACAAAUAUGCUGGUGUCAAAACGGAGGAUGUUAGAAUCAAGUCCACGGCCUUCACGUCAAAAUGAGCAAGAUCCCAUGUUACGCCGCAACCUUGGCCGCAAUCGAAAUAUUUUCUCACGUGGCGUGAUGUCCAGCCAUAAUGCAAUAGUGAACAUUAAUGGUAUUUCUGGAAGGCGGGUUGGUAACACGUUUGUUCCAUUCGAAUUACGAAGAUAUGCUACUCGUCAGGAGGAGGCCAGCAUGGGGUCGAUGUCGAUACGCAUACCUCAGCUCACCGAAGCAUCAUAUCGAGCUCCGCCAGUCCUGCCUGGAACUGGUGAUGAAUUGUACCGUCCUAAUGAAGGAAUUAUUGCAAAAGCCCGAAGCCAGACGUUUUACAAACUCAAUCCAGAAGAACAAAAUGUGCCAGUCGAUGUUAAACACAAUGACGUACUGCUACGUCUUAGCGAACCUUUUGCACAAUAUGACUCUGUGUUUCGCCCGUUUAUCAAAUAGGCACCUGGACUUCCUCAUCCGGCAGAUUCUCAAAUGAAAGGACAUAGCACUACCAAGUCUUUCCCCAGAUCGAAAUAAUAAAAAUCGGCUCAUAACGUCACACAUUUAUGGAAAAUACGAAAAUAAAAAAUAAUAUUCAACUUAAAGAACA